UCAGUGUUUUUCCACAAACAAACCAGAUAACGGGCAACAUUCCAGUCUGUCAGUUCACACACUAUCACCACUGAUCUACUUCUUUAUAUUGAACCAACACAGCGGGUCGUAUAUUCUCAGCCGAAUCCAGUACAGCGUCACACCUCAGCAUCUCUCUUCUAUCCACAAUGAUCCCGUACGUGGUUCUGGCGCUACUGCUGUCAACGGCUGCUGCUUCUGGGCCCUGCGCCCCGAACGAGGACCUCCUCAAACUGCUGAAAGGCAUCCAUGCAGCCCCAUCGUACAACACAAUGUCGGCUGCCAACAAGGCGCUUAUCCCUGAGCUGAUUGGCGCAUCUGAAUCCUGUCAGCUGACGGCGUAUAUCUACACCGUGGGCUUCCAUAAAGUCCUGGAUUUGUUGGACAGUGUGACGCCAGGUGAAGCUCACUUCUUGAACAACUACCUGUCAGCGCAUCUCAAGUUUGAGCAGUCCCUGGCUGGGUUGUACACAACAGCCAAACCUGCACCUACUCACUCAUAGUAAGCAUGGGAGAUCAACAGUGAACUUUCCUUUGCCGCCAUGUUGUUGUUUUUAACAAAUAUAAACAUAUUUGCCUCCG